AUGGCAUCAAACAUUGAGGCCAUGUUAAAUUCAUCCCUGGAUGAUAUUAAAAAGUCGUACAACAAGGGGAAAAUUUCUAAGAAUGUAGCCAAAAAGGGCGCAAAGGCUAAUAAGGGUAAUUAUAAUAUCAUUCGUGGUAACAAAAAUACAAAUAAGAAUAAAAAAAACAAGUUUAGAGGGGCAAAGAACUUAAAGAACAAAUUAUUUAAUAUGGAUCUCGACAACGUACCCCGAAGGAUGAACAGAACAACCAAUGAAAUGGGACAAAAAAUAACGAUAGACGCUAGGAAAAAUCGCAAUAAAGGCAUUAGAACCAUAUUCACUAAAAAAGUUGGGAAUUCAUCCCAGAACCUAGUCCAGAAGUCCAAAAAGAAGCUACCAUCUAAACCCACAUUCACUGACAGUGAACUGGCAGGGAUAAAAAUUUUUGCCAAACUAGACCAAACGCCAGAACCACUACUAUCACAAAAGGAUAUGUAUGUGCCUUUACCAGAAUCCGGAUCUAUCCCCGUCCCGAACAAUGAUGUACAUGGAACCCUCAACGAAAGGUUUACAAGAUAA